AUUGGUUGGCGGGAGAAGACAGCCGGCAGAGGGAGUUAGCGUCUGCCUUUGAAACUGACGCGGCUCCACCACUUAAGAUGUUGAACGCAGACUGCAUAUCAUACCUGAGGCCGUCUUCAGGGAAGAUUGGUAGGCUUAUGUUGGAAUUACUCAAAAACUUAGAAGGCGACGAUAGCACUCUAAUCCUUGAAAUGAUCCAAGGUCUGAUUCGAUCGAAGUUAUUAGUGGAAACCUCAGCAAUGGAAGCGGAACCAGACUUCGAAGCCUUGGUGAAGACGCCAAAGGUGAUGAUGGGAGAGCCACACACCACCUUCCCGAGGAUUCUGUCUAUGGUGUGGAUGAUGGCGACCGACCCGCCUACGUUGAUGAAACAUGGAUGGUGUCCGAUCAAAAGGGUAAACAAAUACUUAAAAGUAGUGAAACCGACGCAAGUGGCGAAGCACAUGCGGGCGCUGGAGCCGAUGAUCGCCCGCGCUCGCUACAUCAUGGAGGACUUCAUCCAGAACAUAACACCGCUCAAUAUGUAUCAAAAGAAAAAUUCUAACAAAAUGACUACACAGAAUAUGGAAGCAGUCCCAAUCAAAUCUGUUAAAAGACCACUGAGAGCGCAUGAUAUAGAGAGAGAGAACUUGGAAAGCCUCAUAAGCAUGACCACUAGUUUGCCCAUGCGCAACAUAACGCAUUUCAAAGCGGAACGAGUACCGAACGUGGACUUUAAGGAAGGCAACGCUAUUUUUAUGGUCAGCAGGGCGACCACCUUGGACCUGUGUCGUUUUGUCAUCUUCUUAGGGAACAUGAUUUGGAUUACUUUGAUGAUUUACGAUUUGUGA